AUGGCGCCUUCACGUGCUCGCCCGUCGUGGCUUGCCCUCUUUCUCCUCUCAUUCUUUAUCUUCUUCACUCAAGCUCUUGAUCAUAGUGAUAUCAGACAAGUCACUGAGCAAAACAUUGCUCGACGAAAGGCAUUGCAGGUUGAGCCUCGCGUUGACGCGGCUGCCUCUGCCCAGGCCGCUGUCAACAAAGUCGCAAGCAUCAGCCCAGAGGCCAUCUCUAGUGCUAGGGCGAUUGUUGCCAAAGCUCUCAAAGAGGUGACUGCGUCAAAUAAAGCGCGCUGGGAGAACCCGCAAAGGAACAACUGGUCUGCUAAUCCGGCGAGCACCUCUCGCGUCCGCCGAGAUGCUGGCCCCAGCUAUUACAAUGUCACUUCAGACGUGGCUGCUGCGGCGGCCCUCGUUGCCCAGAUAGAUGCUGCUGCCGAGUACAAGAACGGCACUCUGUACAAGGACUACUCCCGCUUUCAUAAGCUUAGCAAGCGACAGCAGCCGUUGGAAGAGCGCGCUAGUGGCUACUGGAUGGCAAAUCUCGACAACCUUGGGACGCAGCCGUUUGGCAAUGAUGCUUCGUACAAGGUUUUCCGCAAUGUCAAGGACUACGGAGCCAAGGGAGACGGAGUUACGGAUGAUACCGUUGCCAUUAACAAUGCCAUUACCGACGGCAACCGCUGUGGUGAAAACUGCUAUGGCUCCAGUGUGAAGGGCGCUGUGGUCUACUUCCCUCCUGGAACGUAUCUUGUCAGUGGCUCGAUCGUGGCAUACUUUCACACGCAGAUGGUUGGCGACCCGACUAAUCUUCCCGUCAUCAAAGCCUCCGCCUCCUUUGUUGGACUUGGUGUCAUCAGCACAGACGUCUAUGUCCCCAAUGGCGGCACGGGAAUUGACGGCAAUGCCAAGGAGUGGUACAUCAACACGGCCAACUUCUACCGUCAGAUACGCAACUUCAUCAUUGAUAUUACUGCCACAGACCAGGGUGCAUACGUCGCAGCUCUGCACUACCAGGUCGCGCAGGCGACGAGUCUGACCAACAUCCAGUUCGUCGUCUCUCAGAAUGCCGGCACAACCCAGCAAGCCAUUUAUGCUGAGAACGGUAGCGGAGGCUUCAUGAGUGAUCUGAUUUUUGAAGGUGGUGCAUUCGGCAUUUAUGGUGGAAAUCAACAGUUCACUGCUAUGCGGCUGCAGUUUAUCAACUGCGUUACUGCUGUCAAACUCAUUUGGGAUUGGGGUUGGAUCUGGAGAGAGAUCCAUAUCUCUGGCUCACAAACCGGCAUCAGCCUUCUUUCAGAAGACGGAGUACACCACACCGGCUCCCUACUGGUGCAAGACUCGACAUUCACCAACACUAAUACUGCCAUUCUUACAUUCACGCCAGUUGCGCAGAAGAAUGCGGGCACAACCGGCAUCACACUGGAUAACGUCGUCUUCUCCGGCGUCAGUGCCGCCAUUGCUGACAACGCUGGAAAGACCUGGCUAGCCGGCAGCGUGGGCAAAGUCGAUACCUACACCAUUGGACCGGCCUUCUUCAGUGCCGACAAUGACAGUGGCAACUACACACUUGGUACCACAUCAACGACGUCCCAUCUCGGGGGCCUCACCGGGGCUAGUAACGGACUCCCCAAGUUGCCGUACUUCUCGAGGGAGAAGCCGCUCUAUGUGGGCGCGACGAUUGUCCAAAUGAAGUGGCAUGCCAAGGGAGACGGCGUCACAGAUGAUACAGCCGCCUUCCAAGGCGUCAUCAACCAAUACGCCGGAACCGGCACUGUCAUCUUUAUAGAUGCCGGCUCGUACAUACUCACAGACACCAUCACCAUCCCCUCUGGAACCAAGAUCGUCGGCCAGUGCUGGUCUCAGCUCGUAGCCUCUGGCACCAAGUUCCAAGAUGCCUCCAACCCGCACGCCCUUUUCCGCGUCGGCGCGGAAGGCGGCGAGACUGGCAACGUCGAGAUCCAAGACCUGCUCUUCACCACCAAGGGGCCGACCGCCGGCCUUGUUGCCGUCGAGUGGAACAUGAACGCCGACGGCCAGGGCACCGCCGCCAUGUGGGACAGCCAUGUCCGGAUCGGCGGAGCGGACGGCACCGAUCUCUCAGUCGCCGACUGUCCGGCCGUAACCUCCGGCACGGAUCAGAAGUGCACUGCCGGCGCCAUGAUGUUUCACAUGACGCCGUCUGCCAGCGCUUACAUCGAGAACAUGUGGCUUUGGACGGCAGAUCACGAUCUAGACGACGCCAACAUGACCCAGAUAUCGGUGUAUGUGGCUCGCGGCAUGCUGAUCGAAAGCGUCAAGCCCGUCUGGCUCUAUGGCACCGCGUCUGAGCACGCUGUCUUCUACCAGUAUGAGUUCUACCAGGCCCAGCAAGUCCUCGCCUCCAUGAUCCAGACCGAAACGCCCUAUUAUCAACCCAAUCCCCUGCCCCCUGCCCCGUAUGCCAGCGCUGUCGGCGCAUUCCCCGGAGAUCCGGAUUACAACUGCCCGAAUGGCAAGCAAGAAGGUUGUGAUGCCGCCUGGGCAGUCCGCAUGGUCUCGUCCUCCAACAUCACGGUCGCUGGCGCAGGACUAUACUCGUGGUUCCAGACAUAUGUCCAGACCUGUGUCGACACACAGAACUGCCAGAUCUCCCUGGUGCAAAUGCAGGACAACUCGGGCGACAUCCAUUUCUGGAAUCUCAUCACUAUCGGCUCCCUGAACAUGAUCAGCUCG